UAUUCAAGGUCGGUAAUAGUAGUUGCCAAUAAUUAGGUCGAAAAUUAAACCCAAAAAAAAAAAGGAAAAAAGUCUCCGGCGAAGAAAUUCCCAAUUCACCCCGUCGGCGUCGACCCUGACUUUGAAUUCAAUCAGUUGAUGGACAAGCAAAAUCCUCUGAAUUCAUCGCUGUCGUAAAGAAUUCUCUGGUCAAGUUUGACAAGAAUCCUAAUUCAGAAGCUAAAAUUUACAGCCCUUCUUUACAAGCAUCUGUAUUAGCUAUUAUGAAUAUGAAGAAAAAGCCUCUUAGCUUGGUUAGCUUGUGUCUUGGAGUUAUUGGUAGACAUUUUGAGGAUAUCAUUGAAGACCUCGCCGAGAUAGCUGCUAUUCCGUCCACAAUGAAGAUGGCACUUGUGGCAAUUGCAAGAAGGAGAAGGUUAUUGAAUGACGAUGUCAUUAUUGCAUUGGCUGAUAGCUCCUGGAAAAUACUGGACUUGUCUGGUUCAGAUGUUUCGGAUUUUGGCCUAUCACAAGUCGUUAAAACAUGCAACCAUCUGCAAGCAGUUGAUAUAAGUCGCUGCAGCAAUCUCACAUCAGCCAGUGUAUCAGAACUCUUGCAGAACUGCCGGUCUCUGGAAAUAUUGAGAUGGGGAGGCUGCCCUCGGAGUGAGAACACAGCUCGUAGAUGCCUCCGUUUCUUGAAACCAAUACUAGAGAACGUGGAAGGAGAUUCUUGGGAGGAACUUGAUACCUUGGAAAUAGCUCAUGGUGCGACAUCCUUGCGUUGGCUUUUAUGGCCAAAAGUUGAAAAGGACCAGCUGGAGAUUUUGUCUGAAGAAUGCCCACGAGUAAUAGUAAAUCCAAAGCCAUCGCCACUCGGUUACAGGGGGCUUGAUAUACCUAGAGAAGCAAGACUAGAUGUAUCAUUAGAUGAUCCCAUUGUUGAAGAUAUUGACCCCAAAACCUGGGCAGUUUCUAGAUUUGUACCUAGAGCAUCACCAUCAUCAGUUUCAAGAUCAGAAGAUUUGCCCAUUGCAGAAAAGUUUAGACUUGCAUUUCUUGAGAGAGAUACUAGACUAGCACCAAAGCGAGCAAAGAAUGCAAGACAACACCAACGACGUGCAGAAAAGGAAUGGGUAACGAUGAAUAGUAGGGCAAAAGCAGUAGCACUUGCCUCACUGGCAAGCAAAUCCCUCAACAUCCGGAACUGAAAAUAAAUGUUUUACUUAUACGAAACCCGUUUUUGAUCUCUGUCAGUCAACAAUACAAAAUGCUUCUGUAUAUACUCUUUCAGGCAAUGCCACCGUCAAGAGUUUGAAUAUUGUUCUUGGUUAGUAGUUGUUCCUGCGUGAAUGUACAUUAGAAAUUUCAUAUAUUGAGCUAUUCUAGCUUUCUCUAUCCA